AUCAGCACCAAGGCGUCGAUGUCGGGGAUGGCCUGGACUAGUUUUUGCCAAUUACGACAGCUGGUACUCAGGGCGAUCUACAUCUGCGCAGGAAUUGCUUUUUUCCUCAUGUUGUGGACUGAUAACGAUUCAGGAUUGCUGUUAUCAGGAAGUCCAGCAACUACACAGGAACUUCCACCUCAGCAACUGGUCCAGUUUGGGGCAUAUGAAGGAACAACCUGCAAGGAAAAGCGACAUGUGAUGUUUCUCAAAAUAGAAAAAACAGGUGGCGGUACUUUGGAAGGCAUUCUUGUGCGCUUUGGGCUAAAAAGAAACCUAAGUUUUGCCAUCCCUAUUAAAAGUUUAGGAAACAACAAUCACUUUCCGAGGUCUCCUCUGUUACCAGAAAUGAUUGCUCCCAUCAAAAGUCGACCAAACACCAAAUAUGACAUUUUGUUCCGCCACUCAGUUUACAACAGAAGCACCAUACAGUUGUGCUUCCCGAACGACACAGUGACGAUAACAUUGGUAAGACAUCCCUUCGCCCGUUUUUUAUCCUCAUUUGAAUUUUUCAAUAACUCAUACAGCGUAAAACUUCCGUGGCAUUUGCGAAGGUCCUCUGACAAAAGACUUCGGGUAACCACAUUUUUGGAGAUAUAUUAUAAAGCCUUCAAAAGAGAGCACCCAAGAGCCAGAGGAAACUGGUACCUUAAUUUUGCAUCGUUAAGAUUUGGUAUCCCUUGGGAACACACCCACGACAAGAAAUUUGUACAGAGGCACUUGGAUGACAUUCUGCCAGACUUUAAAGUUGUGCUGCUUAACGAAUACUACGACGCAUCGUUAGUUCUUCUGAAGAGGCGCCUGUGCUGGAAUACAGAGGACAUUGUCUACAUCUCGCUGCACGUCAAAGCUGGUUACACCAAGCACCAGGGCCUCCAUUCGCCGGAAGUGCUACGUCAACACCAGGAAUUGGCGCCAGAAGAGUACGUAAUAUACGACCGACUGUCCAAACAGUUCUGGACACAAAUAAACGACGAGGGAAAAGACUUCUGGUUUGAAGUUGAACAGUUCAAAUCUAUCCUCAGUCUGUUUCAAACUUUUUGUCUGGAGGACGUAGGUAAACGCAAGACGCUGACAAUAGAGGCAAGCCGUUGGCAUGGGAACAUACAUUUUGGUCUUGAGGACUGUCAAAUGGUAACGACUGAUCUGGAAAAGUUCGUCAGUGCGACACGAAUGAAAUACCUGCGAUCCUAGCACUCGAUGUGGAAGACCUUACUUGAACAAGAAAUGGUUAAACUGUUAGACAAAUCUAUCCAAAGCGAAGUUGCACAAUCUGCUCUUUAUUAGCUAUCUGUACAAAUAUAGCAUGAGGUAUAUAAAAGUGACACCAUGGUUUGUAUGAACGCAAUUUACUUCCUCAUUGGUCUUUCAUCAUAUAAAAACUGUCCCUGUGCUGCUUUCGCUACCAUAUAAAAACUUGAAGCUAUACCGUGAAGUAUGCCUCUUUAUCAAAUCAUGCUAUAUGGGAGAGAUAAAUGUAUGUAUGUAUGUAUGCUUGGGGUUUAACAUGGUACUUUUAGAUGUGUGUACAUAUAAUUUAUGUUCUUGUGGCAGGGCCAGUCUAUACCGUCAAAGUAUCAUGCCGAAGACACCAGACAUGACACCCUUCCCAGUCACAUUAUACUGACAAGGCGCCAAACAGUCAUGUUUCUUUGCUCUAACCUAUCAGUGCUGAGUAUCAAGCGAGGCAGCAGCCAGUACCAUUUUUAAAGUCUUUGGUAUCACCUGACCUGGGUUUGAUGAUAAAUAAAUGCAAAACACACACAAUGAUAUAUUUCAUAAAUAAAGUCUUAUUUAUCAAU